AUGCUGUCGAAGCAUUUGGGUGGAAAGCUCAGCGCUCGCCUCUUCAAAGUCGAGAGGGCGUUUGCCACAAAGGUUUCUGCUGCAGCUGUAGAUGCCAUUCCUCUGGAGCAAGCCAAACCCUACUCGGAGCUUCCGGGUCCCAGCAAAUUCGAGUUUGUGCGAUCUUUUCUGCCAGGCGGUCGCUAUAAGAAUGUUGCGGUGCACGAAAUGUUUCUGGAUAUGAACAAGCGCUAUGGCGACAUAUUUCGUAUGCCUGGCGUGGCGGGCAAUGACAUUGUGAUUACCUUGAAUCCGGUGGACUAUGCCACGAUCUUUCGCAACGAGGGACAGUAUCCGUAUAGACGCAGCUUCGAGACCAUGGAUUAUUUCAAAAGAGUCCACAGACGCGAUAUAUUCGAGGGCGCUGACGGUUUGACUUCCGGCAAUGGCCCCGCUUGGAGCAAGAUGCGAACUGCUGUCAAUCCGAUCCUGCUGCAGCCGCGGAACGCCAAGCUCUAUAUAAGCAACUUGCUACACGUGAACGAUGAGUUCCUGGAACGCAUUCGAGCCAUUAGAGAUCCGAGUACUCAAGAGAUGCCAGCUGACUUUGGCGAAGAUAUUCGUCGCCUAGUCCUGGAGUCCAUUGGAUCCGUGGCGCUCAAUACGCGCCUCGGCCUGCUCGGCGAGAACCGGGAGAGUGAGGAGGCGAAGCAGUUGAUUAAGGCUUUGGAGAACAUACUUGAGCUGAGUUUCCAAUUGGACAUCAUGCCGCCGAUCUGGAAGUAUAUGCCAGUGCCCAUGUUCAAGAAGCUGAUGCGCUCCUUGGACACCAUUACAGACAUUUGCUACAACCACGUGCAGCAGGCGCUGCACCGCAUCGAGGAAGACGCGCGGGCGGGCCGCCUCACCACUGAGCCGGGGCAGGAGGCUAGCAUAUUGGAAAAGCUGGCGCACUUUGAUCGCAAGGCGGCCGUGAUCAUUGCCAUGGACUUAUUCUUUGCCGGCGUGGAUCCAACCCUUGUCAGCCUGACUGGCACUCUGCUGAGCCUAGCCAAGAAUCCUGAAAAGCAGGCCCGUCUGCUGGAGGAGAUCAGGCUUGUGCUGCCCGAGAAGAGCUCCGAGCUAACCAUGGAGAACAUGGCCCAUUUGCCCUAUCUGCGUGCCUGCAUCAAGGAGGGCAUUCGCAUGUAUCCCAUCGGCCCUGGAACCCUGCGCCGCCUGCCGUGCGACGUGGUGCUCAGUGGCUAUCGGAUCGUGGCUGGCAAAGAUGUGGGCAUGGCUGCCAACUACCAGAUGGCCAACAUGGAGCAGUUUGUGCCGCGGGUGCGCGAGUUCCUGCCGGAGCGCUGGCUGCGCGACGAGAACAACGCGAGUCUGGUGGGCGACACGGCCACGCCCUUCAUGUACCUGCCCUUCGGCUUCGGGCCACGUGCCUGCGCCGGCAAGCGCAUCGUGGACAUGCUGCUGGAGAUAGCCGUGGCCAGGCUGGUGCGCAACUUCCAAGUGGGCUUCGACUAUCCCAUUGAGAACGCAUUCAAGGCCCAGUUCUUUGUGAAGCCCAACAUGCCGUUCAAGUUCAAGUUUGUGGAGCGCUCCAUGUAAUACCCUCACAUAUAUACAAACUAUAUACAUAUAUAUA